GCUCGAUUCCGGCCGCCAGGGCUGGCCGAGGGAGAGAGCCAAGAUGGCGGACAAGACGCCAGGCGGUUCGCAGAAAGGCAGCGGGAAGGUCAGAGCACCAGAGGCGGUACAUACCACUGGAUCUGCAGAUACACAUCCUCUUAUGGAAAGCAAACUUAAAGCAUUCAGUAUUGGCAAAAUGAGUGCUGCCAAGAGGACUUUAAGCAAGAAGGAACAAGAGGAAUUAAAAAAGAAGGAGGAUGAGAAGGCUGCUGCAGAAAUUUAUGAAGAAUUCCUUGCUGCCUUUGAAGGAAGUGAUGGUAAUAAAGUAAAAACAUUUGUGAGAGGAGGAGUUGUUAAUGCAUCCAAAGGUAAGAGUGAGGACCAUGAAACAGAUGAAAAACGAGGUAAAAUCUACAAACCUUCAUCACGAUUCUCAGAUCAAAAAAAUCAACAAAGUCAACCAUCUAAUGAGAAACCUCCAUCCCUUCUAAUGAUAGAAACCAAAAAGCCUCCUUUGAAAAAAGGGGAGAAAGAAAAGAAAAAGAGCAAUUUGGAACUUUUCAAAGAAGAACUAAAACAAAUUCAGGAGGAGCGUGAUGAAAGACACAAAACAAAAGGUAGAUUAAGUCGUUUUGAGCCACCUCAGUCGGAUUCAGAUGGCCAGCGUCGUUCAAUGGAUGCUCCUUCAAGAAGAAACAGAUCAUCUGGUGUGUUGGAUGAUUAUGCACCAGGAUCGCAUGAUGUUGGGGAUCCAAGUACAACCAAUUUGUACCUUGGAAACAUUAAUCCUCAGAUGAAUGAAGAGAUGUUGUGCCAAGAAUUUGGACGCUUUGGACCAUUAGCAAGUGUUAAAAUUAUGUGGCCAAGAACUGAUGAAGAACGAGCGAGAGAGAGAAAUUGUGGCUUUGUUGCCUUUAUGAGCAGGAGAGAUGCUGAACGAGCACUGAAGAAUCUAAAUGGCAAGAUGAUUAUGUCCUUUGAAAUGAAGCUAGGUUGGGGCAAAGCUGUACCUAUUCCACCGCAUCCAAUAUACAUUCCACCUUCCAUGAUGGAGCAUACUCUCCCACCACCUCCAUCAGGACUGCCUUUUAAUGCUCAGCCUCGGGAGAGAUUGAAGAACCCUAAUGCUCCAAUGCUACCACCACCAAAAAACAAGGAGGAUUUUGAGAAGACUCUGUCGCAAGCCAUAGUCAAAGUGGUUAUCCCAACAGAAAGGAAUUUGCUCGCAUUGAUUCAUCGAAUGAUAGAGUUUGUGGUACGUGAAGGGCCUAUGUUUGAAGCCAUGAUCAUGAACAGAGAAAUCAACAAUCCAAUGUUCAGGUUUUUAUUUGAAAACCAAACUCCAGCCCAUGUUUACUACAGAUGGAAGCUUUAUUCAAUUCUACAGGGAGAUGCUCCAACCAAAUGGAGGACGGAAGAUUUUCGUAUGUUCAAAAAUGGAUCAUUUUGGAGGCCGCCACCAUUAAAUCCAUACCUGCAUGGGAUGUCAGAAGAGCAAGAAACUGAAGCAUUUGUAGAGGAACCUAAUAAGAAGGGUGCACUUAAGGAAGAACAGAGGGACAAAUUAGAGGAAAUCCUGCGUGGAUUAACGCCUCGUAAGAAUGAUAUUGGGGAUGCAAUGGUUUUCUGUCUUAAUAAUGCUGAAGCUGCUGAAGAAAUUGUAGACUGCAUUACUGAGUCGCUGUCCAUUCUGAAGACUCCUCUUCCCAAAAAGAUUGCAAGAUUAUACUUGGUAUCAGAUGUGUUAUACAACUCUUCAGCUAAAGUUGCCAAUGCUUCAUAUUAUAGAAAAUUUUUUGAAACAAAAUUGUGUCAGAUAUUCUCUGAUCUCAAUGCUACUUAUCGUACAAUACAAGGCCAUUUGCAGUCUGAGAAUUUCAAGCAACGGGUAAUGACAUGCUUCAGAGCAUGGGAGGACUGGGCAAUUUAUCCAGAACCCUUUUUAAUCAAACUGCAGAAUAUUUUCUUGGGGCUAGUAAAUAUCAUAGAAGAUAAAGAAACUGAGGAAGUACCAGAUGAUCUUGAUGGUGCCCCCAUUGAGGAAGAGCUUGAUGGUGCACCAUUGGAAGAUGUAGAUGGAAUUCCUAUUGAUGCUGCUCCCAUUGAUGAUCUUGAUGGUAUCCCUAUUAAAUCCCUUGAUGAUGACCUUGAUGGUGUACCUUUGUUUUUUCCCUCAACAGUGGAUACUUCUGAAGAUUCUAAAAAAAAUGAGCCCAUAUUUAAGGUUGCCCCUUCAAAAUGGGAAGCAGUGGAUGAAUCGGAAUUAGAAGCUCAAGCUGUUACAACAUCUAAAUGGGAAUUAUUUGACCAGCAUGAAGAAUCAGAAGAGGAAGAAAAUCAAAUUCAAGAAGAGGAAAGCGAAGAUGAGGAGGAUACUCAGAGUUCUAAAUCAGAAGAACAGCAUAUGUACUCCAAUCCCAUCAAAGAAGAAAUGCCUGAAUCCAAGUCAUCAGUCAAAUACUCUGAAAUGAGUGAAGAAAAACGUGCCAAGCUCCGAGAGAUUGAGCUUAAAGUGAUGAAAUUCCAGGAUGAGUUAGAAUCUGGAAAAAGACCCAAGAAACCAGGCCAGAGUUUUCAGGAACAGGUUGAACACUACAGAGACAAACUUCUUCAGAGGGAAAAAGAAAAGGAAUUAGAAAGAGAACGGGAAAGAGACAAGAAAGACAAAGAAAAAUCUGAAUCCAGAUCCAAAGACAAGAAGGAGAAAGAAGAAUGUACACCAACAAGAAAAGAGAGGAAAAGACGACACAGUGCAUCACCCAGUCCAUCUCGCAGCAGUGGCAGCAGACGAGCAAAAUCUCCAUCACCAAAAUCAGAGCGCUCAGAGCGAUCUGAAAGGUCCCACAAAGAGAGCUCACGUUCCAGGUCAUCGCACAAAGACUCUCCCAGAGACGUCAGUAAAAAAGCCAAAAGGUCCCCAUCUGGCUCAAGGACACCCAAAAGAUCAAGAAGGUCACGAUCCAGGUCCCCUAAAAAGUCAGGGAAAAAAUCCAGGUCGCAGUCUCGUUCUCCACACAGAUCUCACAAGAAGUCGAAGAAAAGCAAACACUGACACUUAAUAUUUUUUAAUGAUGCUGUCACUUAACAGAAAUGCGGUUUUGUUUUUGUGCCUGAACAGUCUGUUUAAAAAUCAAACAAAAAAGCA